UACGCACCAUACCCUCGACACCUCCACCUCAUCACAUCGCAGUACUUUCAUAGUCCAGACGCUGAAAAUGGAGGAUUCCGGCACGAAGCGGAAGGCUGGGCCGGACGAAAGACAUGAAGGCGGCCACAAAAAAGCCAAGAACUGGGAUAUGCCCCGCAGGAAGGCUGGACCCCAAGCAAUUCAACCCGGCGAUACGGGCAUAUGGGCCACUUGUGCGAUGAAGAAAGAAGCGAAAUCCAUUGGCGACCUGCGGGAUCUGUUCCAAGAGUAUGCUGCCAAACUAUAUGGGGCAACCAAUGAGGCGGCAGCAGACAACGAUUCUGAUUCCGAAGGAGGGGAUAUCGAAGCUGAAAUCAGCAAGGAGCUUGCCGAUAUUCGCAAGCCAACGACGAAGCCCCUGUUCACAUCAGUCAAGCUCGAUACCCAAUGCUUGAUCUUUUUUCGGACACGCUCGCCUAUUGAGCCCGUCUCUUUCGUUCACAGGAUUUGCCAAGACAUAGCAGAUGGCGCCCAGCCCAGGAACCUUCGCUAUGUGAAACGAAUUACACCCAUUACGGCUUAUGAGAAAGCCACCAUUCAAGGUCUUGAGACCGCUGCCGAACAAGUUCUUGCACCCCAUUUCCACGGUCCAGAUCAGGCGGGGAAAAAGUUCGCAAUCCGACCUUCAAUACGAAACAAUAAGGAGUUCACAAGAGACGAGAUCAUCAAAUCAGUCGCGGCAGCGGUUGGCCCUGGCCACAAGGUCGACCUUAAUGGCUAUGAUCUCCUCAUCCUCGUGGAGAUCUACAAGAAUGUUCUGGGCAUGAGCGUCGUUGGGCCUGACUUUGAGAAGCUCAAGCGCUUCAAUCUCGAGGAACUCCGUCAGACGGUGCCCGCCAAGGACUCGGAGUCGAAAGAUUCGGCCAAAAUAAAAGAAGACGACUGAAGCAAGGGCCUGCUCAACCGAUCUUUGCACGACCACGGUUCGUCUCCAUAUUGCCGGGCGACUACUCCGGCUUGUAAUCGCGUUUACGAGCC